AUGCUCCAACUCCGAAGAAGCGACAUUGACAAUUGUCUCUAUCCAAAGAGCGCGAAGGUCCAUGAUCUCAUGGCCGAUCUAAUAGAUGACUACUUUGAGCAACAUCUCUCACUCUCACGGGAGGAGGCCAUUAGACUUCAUCAAGAGUACUACCGGAGCUAUGGCCUUGCCAUCGAGGGCCUAGUACGGCACCAUCAGAUUGACGCCCUCGACUACAACUCAAAGGUUGAUGAUGCGCUGCCUCUAGAAGGCGUCAUUAAACCUAGACCGGAGCUGCGCAAAUUGCUCGAGGAUAUCGACAGGAGCAAGGUCAAGCUAUGGCUCUUCACAAACGCUUACAUCACUCACGGCCGCAGGGUAGUGAAACUACUCGGAAUCGGAGAGAUGUUCGAUGGAAUCACAUUCUGCGAUUACUCCUCUGUGCCCUUUGUAUGCAAACCACACCAGGACGCUUACGAGAAGGCCAUGAAGGAGGCAGGCGUGGAUAAUUUCGAGGAUUGCUAUUUCGUUGGUGAGUAA